GAACAACGCCACCGAGAUUCCCCCCACUACCAAGUUCCACACGCACACGCCUCAGUCACACUCCGACCAAGCCGAGACUGACAAACUGCGUCUGCAAAACUUUAGUACGACCCACCCCUAAGGCAGACGCGUCUGUAGCUUCCCUCGUCGGUGCUUCUUCGCUACAAGCAGUACACGAGAAUUUCGAAGCAGAAGCGAGAGUAGUAGGGGGUUUAAUUUGCUCUACCUUCCCUUUCCCGUUUUCCCGUGUGGUGAGGUGGCAACUGUCGCGCCGCCAGAUCUUUGGAUGGGGUCGUAGUUUCCUUUCAGCUCGCCCCGGCUAUAUAACCGAGAGGGCUUUUUUUUCUCCUCAGCACGAUUGUGCGUGGCAAUUUCAACUUGACGAGUCGUCAAUUGGUCUCCGUUCCCUCAAUCGAUCCCCGCUUAGUUAGUUAGGUUCCGUUAAGUACCCGAUUGUCGCUCAAUUUUACCCAACUUGCCAUAAACUGACGGAAUUGCGUCGUACACUGCGACAAGCAGCCGUUCGUGUCUUAUGCGUGUGUGGAUCAGUGGCGUCAGCGCGGCAAUAAGCGAGGGGAACAGCAACAGCGGAACCGCGCACUCAACUGGAGUGUAGAUUACGCGUUAACUGGAGCAGUACUGCAGAAAGCGGCGCGUCCGCCAUGCCUAUGCUCAAAGUGCAGAAGCUCUACGACGCGUGCAAGGCAGCCUUCUCCCAUGGCGGGCCCGUGCCGUCUCGUCAGCCGCUGCAGCGCGUUCGCGAUAUCCUAGAGUCCAUUGUGGCAGCUGACGUGGGGCUCGACGAGGUCACCGCCUGCUGCGAGAACCGCAACGCCGCGAGCUACGCCGCCACUCACGCCGCCACGGCCGCGACAGUCAGGCGCUCCGCGCAGGGCGACGGCCCGGAGGCACGCGGCGGUUCGAACGAGCGGAACGACGGCGGCGCUGGGAGUUCCGAUGAUGGGCGGAACGGGGGGGGCGGAAAUGCUAGAGGCGCGGAAGCGGCGCACGGUGGCGCAGCAGCUGCGCGGGAGUUCUCCCCCCCAAUCACGUACCUGCACCUAUACGAGUGUGACGACUUCUCUAUCGGUAUUUUCUGCAUCCCAGCGUCGGCGACCAUACCCUUGCACAACCACCCGGGAAUGACGGUGCUGUCGAAGCUGCUGUUCGGGUGCAUGCACGUCCGGUCGUUCGACUGGGCCGUCCCUACUGAACCCUCCACUGACCCCUACCAACCGCGCCUGGCGGAGCUAGUCGAGGACGACGUGGUAUCAGCGCCCUGCCCCCCCGACAUCCUCUUCCCCACCAGCGGGGGCAACAUCCACUCCUUCACCGCGCUCUCCCCCUGCGCCGUGCUCGACGUGCUCGCGCCGCCCUAUAACGCGGAUGCGGGGCGCCACUGCACGUACUUCCGGGAGCUCCCUCCCGCGUGCUUCCCAGCGCUGGAGAGCACGGAGGGGCUGAGGGAGGGCGUGGAGUACGGGUGGCUCGAGGAGUUCCAGCCGCCUGACAGCUUCGUCGUGCGCCGGGGGAACUAUCGAGGACCCAUGGUGGUUGACAGAAAGAGGUUGCUGCAGCAGCAGCGGAUGGUGAAGCAGCAGCUUCACCAGGAGCAGCAGAGGCAGCACCAGCAGCAGCAGCAAGACAUUCAGCAGCAGCAGCAGCAGCAGCAGCACAUGAUGGCGGAUUCAGGGUCUAGCAUUCUGGUAGUGCCAACGGGAACAUCGCAAUCCCACAGCAUGAAGCGGUGUGUGGCGCAAGUGCAGGAGGCGGAGGGCGGCAGCGACCAUCAGGCGGCCAUGGAUCGGCACCACCGCCACCGUGCUGCCUCCACAACAUCUCGCCCAUGAUGACUCUCUGCAACCCUGAAUCAGGAUUUCAUUCGACGGGAAUCGGCGUAGUGGUGGUGACGGUCAUGCCUUUUUGCCGUGCCUUUCAGGGCUGUGCUUUUAUGGCAGUUUUCGCGGCUUAUCUUCGUCGCUGUGCUGUUUUAUGUACAAACCUUAUGGCAGUUUUUGUGGUUUAUCUUCAUUCUUUACAAACAGUUGAUGUACCGGUACAAGGGUCCGGGUGGGGUAGGUUGUGAGCUUGGCACAUUUACUUGUGGGAAGAGGUUGUGGCCUGAAUACUGUUGCUAGCA